GAAGCAGGGGUCGGCAAUGGCUGGGCUGUGGUGGGCGCCACCGCUGCUGCUGAUCACCAUGCAGCUUAUGGUGUCAGAAGCCUCGCCCAAAUUUGCCGCGGCCAUAGGCACCCAGAAUGUGGUAGCCGGCAGAAGCGUUUCGCUCACCUGCGUGGUGCAAGACCUCGGUCCAUACCAGGUGGCCUGGGUCCACCUGGAGCGUCAGAUGAUCCUCAGUAUCCAUGACAAGGUGAUCACCAGCAUUUCACGGUUCCGGCUGGUGCCGGAGGACCCGCAAACGUGGGUGUUGCACAUCUCAGAUGUGCAGAGCAGCGACGGUGGCUACUACAUGUGCCAGGUCAACACGGUGCCCCUCAUGUCGCAGGUCGGAUUUCUGAACGUGCUCGAGCCACCGCACAUCGUCGACGAGAACAGCACCAAAUCCACCGUGUCGGUGCGCACGCGUGAGAACGUGACGUUGACGUGCGCGGCCCGCGGCGUGCCGACGCCGACCAUCAAGUGGGUGCGCGAGGACGGCGGCCACAUCCGCGUACGGCCGCCGCACGGCGAGCGGGGCCGACAGCGACACGCCGUGACGCGACGUCAGCACGGCAGCGGUAAAGGCGAUCCCCACUGGCCGACGGUGAUCGAAGGGAAUACGCUGAACCUGACCCAUGUUACACGCUCUGACAUGGGGCCCUACCUCUGCAUCGCCAGAAAUGGCGUACCACCCACUGUCAGUAAGCGAAUUCAUCUCUUCGUGCAAUUCAAGCCCAUGAUUUGGGUGUCGAACCAGUUGAUGGGUGGUGCUGUGGGCGGGUCGGUGACGCUACGGUGCCGGAGUGAGGCUCAUCCGCGGCCGAUCUUCUACUGGAUGAAGAACAAUACGGAACAGCACGGACUGAUCAUUAAGUCCAGGAAGUACCACAUCCGAACGAUAAGCAUGAAGUACUCAACUGAGAUGGUACUGCAGAUUCGACACCUGAACGCCUCGGAUUUUGGGAAAUACCUCUGUGUUUGCAAGAACCCUAUCGGAGAGGUUACCGGAGUCAUCACUCUUUACGAGAUGGUCGAGCCGACGACAGCUGGGACGACGACGACCGGGUACCCGCGAUGGCCGGCCGCCACCGAGCUCGUCACCUUUCGAAACGGCGGAGGGGAGCACGGCGGCGACACUGGCGACAUCUACAUCCCCGCCGAGGAGGGCGACCCAGAGAAGAAGCGAUCGCGCGUCGGCGGUCGCCACGACCGGGAGCGAAGCGAGCAGCGCCGGCCCGAUCACAGUACAGCACGGCCGUCCUGCGGUCAUGGUGUCCUGCCCAUUGCGCUGCCGUUCCAGCCAUCCGUCACUGUCCAGGACGCAUGUGUUGGUGGUCUAUUGCAGACGACCGUAGACAUGCGGGAGCUAUCUCAUUGGAGCAUACCUUUGCCUCCCGAAGUAACCAAGUCUCCUAUAUCUGGUACCUAAUAGUUGUGGUCGUGCCUGCAGUUCAGCUAGCCAAGUGGGGACACUGUCAGACGUGUGACAGGCACGUGGGCUUGCAUCCCAGCAACUAGGCUGAUGUGCC